AUGAGUAAAUGGAAUAUGUUAAGAAGUCGAAUAGUGUGGCCAGAGGAGUUUGUAUUUGUUAUUGAGAAUGAAGGUUAUGAUAAUAAAUUUGGAUAUAGUUAUGUUAUAAAAUAUAAUGGUAACAUAGUUCAUAAUAAUUGUAAGAAGCAUUUAAAUAAAGUGGAUAAAUUAUUAAAUGUUACACAUAGGAUGUGUGAAAAUUUAGAAGAUGAAAAUAUGGGGUAUAAUUCAGAUACAUUUAAUGAUGAAAAUAAUGAUGAGGAAAUAAAUAAAGCUAAUCAAAUAUUAUUAAGAUUAAAUGAUAAAAAAAAAUAUAUUAAAGAGAAACUUUCUAAUAUAAAAACAAUUGAUGAAAAAUUUGACAUUAUAAUAAAAAAUGAACCUUGUUAUAUAUUUCGUAUAGAUAUGCCUAAUUUGAAUGUGGAACCAGAUUAUUUACUUGAAUAUUUAAAGAGGGAAUAUUAUAAUGAAAACCAUAAAGACAACAAUGAAAAAAAAGUGGGACAUCAUAGAAGGCUUUCAAAAUAUGAUAGAGCAAAUAAUAAAAUAAAUAGUAAUAAUAAUAUAAAUAGUAAUAAUAAUAUAAAUAGUAAUAAUAAUAUAAAUAGUAAUAAUAAUAAUAAUAAUUAUUAUUAUAGAGCAAAUGAAGGGGAGCCAUAUAAAACAUAUUUAUAUAAUAUAAAGUUAAUGGAAUGUGAAGACACUAUUAUAGAUAAUCGAGAAUUCUUUUUUUCCGAAGCUAAACAGUCUGGUCUUAAUAUAAAUAUCCUUAUAAAUGAAGGGAAAUAUAUUAAAAAUAAGUUAUAUGAAUAUAAAGAGUAUUGUGUUAAUAAUUAUACUGAGAAUGAGGAGAAUGUCGAAAAAAAUAAAGAAAACAAUGGUAAUAAUGGGAAUGCUUAUGGACACAUGAAAAAUCAACAAUCAAAACAACUCAUUGAUAAAAAGAACAUCAGAACACAAAAUAAAUCUAUUAUAGAAAGAGAUAACAAAAAAGAAAUAAAUUAUGAAGAAAUUAGUGUCUUACCUUAUAGUGAUAUAAUAAUUUUAAAAAAUAAAAAUGUGCACACAGAAUCGAACAUAGCAGGUUUCUUAACACCUUUCCUCCUAAAUGGAAAUAUAAAAAAACAUAUUUCAAAAAAUGUCCAACCUUAUAUAAAAUAUCAUUUUAAUAAUCAAUUGAUAUAUAAAAACUUAUGUAAUAUUAUUAAACUUAUGUGCUAUUUACAAGAUUGUAAUAUUUGUCAUGGGAAUAUUAAACCAUCCAAUUUAUUUAUUAGUAAUGAUGGUUUGCAUAUUUUACUUGGAAAUUUUAUACCAAGAUUAAAAUUACAAAAUUUCUAUUUUUUUGUUAUACAUAAAAAGAAAAAUAUUCCUAAAUAUAUAUCACCUGAAAUAUUUUUUUAUUUAAACAAAAAAAUGUCCAUUGUAGACACCAAAGGAAAAAAAAAAAAACCCAAACAUAUAGAAAAAUAUUUUUAUAAAAAUGAUAUCUUCUGUUUAGGCUUAUGUUUCUAUUAUAUUAUAAUGAUGAAUGAGGAUAUCUUAUAUUAUAUUAAUCACCAAUACAUUUUCCAAAGUAAAGUUGAAAUGAUGCAAGAAUAUAUUACAAAACCAGAGUUAUUUUCCCUUUUACGAAGCAUGUUAAUUUAUGAUUACAAACAAAGGCCUGACUGGUCAGCUCUCGCGGAAAUCAUACAAACGGAAAGGAGAUAA